AUGGCGGAGCGCGUCCUGCCGCCCGCAGCCAAGCGGCCGUGCUGCCGCUCUUCCUCCGGGUGCUCCGGCUCCUCCGGGUACCCCGGGUACCCCGGGUUCAGCGGGUCCAGCGGGUACAGCCCGGUGUGCCGCCUGGGCCCGCGGACCGUGGGGCUCCUGCACACGCACAGCCCGGAGACGCUGCUCGACAUCGCGGCGCGGAGAGUGGCCGAGAAGUGGCCGUUCCAACGGGUGGAGGAGCGCUUCGAGCGGAUACCGGAGCCCGUACAGAGGAGGAUCGUUUACUGGUCCUUCCCCCGGAGCGAGAAGGAGAUCUGUAUGUACUCCUCCUUUAACGCGGACGACUCCGGAUCUAACGGGGACAGUGAGGACCGACCGCUGCCGUUCCUGCGCGGAGUCACGCUGCUGGAGGGCGGCUGGGUGGACAACGUCCUGCAAGUGGGUGAGUACCGAGUAACCGAGUAA